GCGGAGCGCCCCACCGCCACCGAGCCGCCGCCGCAGCCCCGGGUUCCUUGUGCGGCUGCGGGGAGCGGGCGGGGAGGGGCGGUGCAGUCCCGCAGCGUGCGCGGGAGGCUGUCAGCGCCGGGUCGAGCGCGGAGCCUUCCCCUCGGCUCCCCGCACCCUCCGCAGGAAGGGCGCAGCGGGGUGGGGACGGGAGGAAGGACCGGAGCCUCCGCCGCCGGCCCAUGCCUCGGCGGGCGCGGUGAGCGCAGCGCGGCGCGGUGAGCAAGAGAAGCCGCGGAGCGGCGGCGGGCGGCCGGGCCAUGUCGGAGCCGGAGAGCGGUGCUGCAGAUGCAGUUUCCACAUCUGCUUACUCAUCACCAGCCAAAAGUUUGGGAGACCCUGGAAUAACUCCACUGUCUCCAUCACAUAUUGCGGACUCUGAUGCAGAUGAUGCUGUAGAACAGUUAUUUCUUGUUGUUGUGGCUAUUGAUUUUGGCACAACAUCCAGUGGCUACGCCUACAGCUUCACCAAGGAACCAGAAUGUAUUCAUGUAAUGAGGCGAUGGGAAGGUGGAGAUCCAGGCGUAUCCAAUCAGAAGACACCAACGACUAUCCUCCUAACACCAGAGAGAAAGUUCCAUAGCUUUGGGUAUGCAGCGAGAGAUUUCUACCAUGACUUGGAUCCCACUGAAUCAAAGCACUGGCUGUAUUUUGAAAAGUUUAAGAUGAAGCUACAUACCACUGGUAAUCUUACCAUGGAGACAGACCUGACAGCUGCAAAUGGCAAAAAAGUCAAAGCACUUGAGAUAUUUGCUUACGCUCUGCAAUUCUUUAAGGAACAGGCAUUAAAGGAGCUCAGCGACCAAGGAGGUUCGGAUUUUGAAAACACUGAAGUAAGAUGGGUCAUUACAGUGCCUGCUAUUUGGAAGCAGCCUGCAAAGCAGUUCAUGAGACAAGCUGCCUACAAGGCAGGAAUGGCAUCUCCUGAAAAUCCCGAGCAGUUGAUCAUUGCCCUGGAACCUGAGGCUGCCUCUAUCUACUGCCGAAAGCUCCGCCUGCACCAGAUGAUAGACCUGAGUAGCAGGGCGCCUGUCAAUGGGUAUAGCCCAAGUGACACUAUUGGAACCGGAUUUACACAGGCUAAGGAACACAUCCGUCGUAAUCGACAGAGUCGUACCUUUUUGGUGGAAAAUGUCAUAGGAGAGAUCUGGUCCGAACUGGAGGAAGGUGACCGUUACAUCGUUGUUGAUAGUGGAGGAGGCACAGUGGAUAUCACUGUCCAUCAGAUCAGGCUCCCUGAAGGACAUCUUAAGGAGCUAUACAAGGCAACAGGUGGGCCAUAUGGUUCUCUAGGUGUGGACUAUGAAUUUGAAAAGCUCCUGUGUAAAAUAUUUGGAGAAGAUUUUAUUGAGCAAUUUAAAAUCAAGCGUCCUGCUGCCUGGGUAGAUCUGAUGAUAGCAUUUGAGUCCCGUAAACGGGCAGCAGCUCCAGACAGGACCAAUCCGCUAAACAUCACUCUACCUUUCUCCUUCAUUGACUAUUACAAGAAGUUUCGAGGUCACAGUGUAGAACAUGCCUUGAGGAAAAGCAAUGUGGACUUUGUGAAGUGGUCCUCCCAGGGAAUGCUGAGGAUGAGCCCGGAUGCAAUGAAUGCUCUUUUCAAACCUACGAUUGACCAGAUUGUUCAGCACCUUAGUGAUGUGUUUGAUAAGCCAGAAGUGACCAAUGUCAAGUUUCUGUUCCUGGUGGGUGGCUUCGCUGAAUCCCCCUUACUCCAACAAGCUGUCCAGAGCGCUUUUGGUUCAAGAUGUCGAGUCAUCAUUCCUCAGGAUGUGGGGCUCACCAUCCUCAAAGGAGCUGUUCUCUUUGGUCUAGACCCUGCUGUCAUCAAAGUGCGGCGUUCACCUCUCACCUACGGUGUGGGUGUGCUCAAUCGGUUUGUGGAAGGGAAGCAUCCACCAGAGAAGCUGCUAAUCAAAGAUGGCACGCGCUGGUGCACUGAUGUCUUUGACAAAUUUAUCUCAGCUGACCAAUCUGUAGCCCUUGGAGAAACUGUGACGCGCAGUUACACACCUGCCAAACCUUCUCAGUUAGUAAUAGUGAUCAAUAUCUAUAGCUCAGAACAAGAUAAUGUCAGCUUCAUCACCGAAGCUGGAGUGAAAAAGUGUGGCACCCUUCGCUUGGAUCUCACGGGAACUGAUGCUUCAGUGCCAAACCGGCGGGAGAUCAAAACACUUAUGCAGUUUGGGGACACUGAAAUCAAAGCCAUGGCCAUUGAUGUUGCCACAUCUAAAAGUGUCAAAGUUGGUAUUGAUUUCUUAAACUACUAGCUGCCCAUUUUCCCCACCACAGCCUGUUUGUGAGACUGAUCUUCCACUAUUCCAUUUUUUGACUUUCAUAUAUCACAUAAUCAACUUGAAUUUCAGCAGGCUAUAUGAGAACAGCUUGUAAGGUGGGGUAUGUCAUGGUUGUGCCCUUUGAUGACCAAAGACUGGAUUUUGAAAGACCCUUAAAAAGUUUUGGGAGCAAACGUUCCAGAGGUAGUAAAAGUUCCCAAGUUACUCAAGCAUGCUUAAAGAUCUACCUUUAAUAAGUAAAUACUGAUUAUUGUUGGGUCCUGAGAUUAGUUAAAAAGAUAUAAAAUCGUAAUCUCUUUGCCUUGUUCCUCUUCCUCCCACGAAAAACUCGCUAACCCACAAGGUUGUUGUAGGGGAAGUAUCUGUGUGGAAUAUCUGUUUAAACAGCACCAUCCUCUGGCGAUGGGAACAAAUGAGCAGUCCACGGUAUUCUUUUGUUCUUUUGAUUUUGCCCUGUGCUUUCAAAAUUUUAAGUGCUGGAAAUCAAUGACUUAAAGAAAUAUUUCUUAAAUUCUGUGAUCGCACUGAAAAGAAAGUCCCCAGAAAUCCUUAAAAUUAAGAUUUAUAUAUAUAUUUAGGAGCUUACAUUGAUUUCUCCAAUUUGAAAACAAGGCCUUUAUUGUCAAAGCUCUCAGUUGUAGCAUUACCUUCAUGAUACUUUGGAAAAUUAUUAAGAACAAAGCUAUUUCCCUUUUGAGUCUUCUAAACUUAUUUCUAUUGGUCUCCAUCUGAAAUGAUAGAAUCACAGAAUCGUUGAGGUUGGAGGGGGGAUAUCCAUAGACUGUCUGGUCCAACCUCUCAGCUCUAAGCAGUGUCAGCUAGAGCAGGAUACUCGGUCCAGUUUUGAAUAUCUCCAAAGAUGGAGAUGCCUAAACUCUGGGCAACCCAUUCCAGUAUUUGACCUUCACUUCAAAAAAGGUUUUUCUUAAGUUUAAAAGGAAUUUCUGGAGUUUCAAUUUGUGCCCAUUGCCUCUUAUUCUUUCACUGGAUGCCUCUGAGAAGUCUAGCUGAAUCUUUACUCUCUUCUAUCAGGCAUUUAUACACAUUGCUAGCAUCUCCUGAGCCUUCUUGAGUCUAAAGUCUCAGCUUCUCCUCACAUGGCAGAUGCUCCAAUCCCUUAAUCAUCUUCAUGAUCCCUUGCUGGACUCAGUCCAGUAUGUCCAUGUCUCGGUCGUACCGAGAAGCACAGAACUGGACCCAGCACUCCAGAUGUGGUCUCACCAGGCUGAAUAAAGGGGAAUAAUCACUUUCCUUGCCCUGCUGGCAAUGCUUUUCCUACUGUACCCCAGGAAGCUAUUGGCAUUCUUUGUUGCAAGGGCACGUUACUGGCUCACGCUCGAUUUUGUGUCUGCCACAGCCCUGAGGUCUUUUGCUGCCAAGCUGCUUCUCAGCCAGUUGUCCCACAGCACGUACUGGUGCAUGGGGUUAUUCCUCCCCAGGUUCAGGACUUUGUGCUUUCCUUCGUUGAACUUUAUGAGGUUCCUGUCUGCACGUUGCUUCAGCCCGUCGAGGUCCCUCUGACCCAUCUGGUUUAUCAAGCACUUCUCCAAGUGGUUAUAUUUCUUUUCUUGUUAAUCCCUGUGUUAAGAUUUGGAAUUACAGUUAGAUGAUGGCUGUUCAGGAAGAUUUAAACUACGUAUAGAGAGAAAAUGUCCAGAUCAGAAGUACUGUAAUGUAUUUUGAGUAGCAAAUAUUUUAAUGGAGUAAAAUAUAUUUCUGGGUUGAGUUGAAUGGCCAGUAAGGUGGAAGGCAGAAGCCAAGAGAAUGAAACUACAAAAAACAUUAAAUAAAGCAUUCCUUACAUGGCUAUGAGCACACAACUCUAACGCAGGUGAAACACAAUGAUGGUCAUGGCAGCAUCUUGUUUUCUAAAUAAUAACUUUAUGGAAAUGUUUUCUUAACCAUGUUUACCUCAAAAAUUUCUUCUGCAACUGGAACAGUUUUUAUUUUGCCAAAUGCUACAGGUAUAUAACUUCUGAAACCUACAGUCUAUAUCUACCAUGACUUGACAACUUCAGAUUCAAAUCCAAAUCCCGCUCCAGAUUGGCAGACCGAUGCUAGCCUGUAGAAGCACGCUAAAUGCUGAAACUUCCAGAGCGUUUAUACAGAGCUGCCUGAUUACCUGCUGGAAUUCAUUACCAUUUUGAAACUUCGCAACAUUAAUUGUUAAACUAAACCUUCCUUUCUAAGUUGAGCAUGAGUUAAAUCCAUUACUGACACUUUUCGGAAGUACAAGCUUUAUCAAUUAUUUCACUGAUUUAUGUUCCAAUAGCCAGGAGUUUUGCCACAAGUGAGAACUGCAGAACUGGUCUACUGCAUUUUGCCAUUGAGUUUGCUGUGUCUUCUGCAGAAUUCCCUAGUUGAAUGUGAAAUCUGUUCUGCAUUCAGCUUUAAAAAAAAAAAAAAAAAAAAAAAAAAAAAAGAGAGAGAGAGAAUAAAAAAAAAAGGACUAUGGAGAAUGCUAGUCACAGUAUCCGGCUGGAUACUUUCUAUAAUUACAAAGCGUGCUUGCUAGCAUUCAGUUUCCUGCUGCCUGCUAAAUGCUUUAAAAGCUAAAUACUGGGAUUUUUUGUGUGUUGCUUUCCAUGGUUUACAAACAAGAGAAACUUUAAGAUGAGUUAUGAACAAUAUAAUUUUAUGUAUAUACAAUAUUUAAAUAUUGUACAGACUCUUUCUUUCUACAGUGCUAUUUUCUUGUAUAAAAAAUGCACUUUGCCUCUGUUGAUUUCAUUCAGCUGUUAAUUUUAAAUAACAUAGUUUCUCAAUCAGCUUCUGUAAUUAUAGGCUUUUAAAGAUGGUAAGAUAUGAAAUGUAAAAGGCUGAUCUUAUAAUAAUAGGAAAGAAAUGUUGGUGUGUCAGAGAAUACAACAUUCUUCCUGCAAUGCAAGUCAUACCAGUUAAGCAUAUUACACAGAUGCAUUAGUAUGUUGCUGGGAUUUUCAUUUCUUUGUUUCAGACGGUGACCAUUCCAUCUCCAGCAGUUCAUCAUAAUAAUGGAUGAAUCCUCCUGUAAAACCAAGUUAAAAUUUUGACUGUAUGAUCUGGAUAUGCAGCUUCUUCCCUAGAUUUGGGAUUUUUAUUACGGAUCUUCCCUAGUUUGAAAUAGAACAAACACAAAACUACUUUCUAAAGCCAGGCGACACUGAUUUGUAGUAGCUGCAGGUAAGACCCCGUCUCUGCCUACCACUACCACCUACCAAACCACAAAAUUUGUAAAGAAAAGCAGGCUUUGGUAUCUUUGCAUCCUGUGUUAAACUGAAUGGGUCCAAUUCUGCACAGAUUUGUUUCCAGUGGCCUUAGGUUGACACAGAAUUUGGUCUAAUAAAUGGCUGCAACCUCCCCCUUUCCCCUCUGAAGAGGAGCCGAACUGCAAGAUCAGGUGGGCCGUGACUUUUGUGCUGGUUUCUGCCUGUCCGCAGGGAAUGCUGAGGGUGCUUUCUGCAGCUCUUCUGAAGCAUAGUUCCCUGCACAGUAGCGAUUCUCCCUCCUGUCGUCUUCUCCUUGUGUAAGAUUCCAUCUGAAUCCAAGCAGGGGUUUGUUGCUGAAAUGACCCUCCUGUAACUGUAAACGUUUGCAUAUUUUUGCACUUCCUCAUUCAGUCUGAUGAGAGCACCAUCAAACUUAUCUUUGCAGAGCACUGAACUACUGAACAAACUCCCAGCUGUCCUUUUUUAAAUCUAAGAAUGGAAAAUUAGCUUGUCUCUCUAAGGAAUUAGAAUUGCACGUAGAAUAUUAUGGUGUGGUCUGUAGUCAAUAACCCAGUUAAACAACUUUACCUUGUAAGUGGCAUGUGGAUGCCCAUUUUGAUAAAGGAUGUUAGGCUGUAAAACUAAUAUGAAAUAUAUUAGGAAAUGAGUCAUUUUUAGAAUAGUAGUUAUGAUACUUUUGCAGGAGAUUCCCUGCAGAGCGUUUUUUUGGGUAGGGGUUUCAGAUGACAUUGUGCAACUUAAUGUUGAAAAGACAAGGCCUGCUGUCCUUAGGGAAAGCAGAAGUUCUGCUUUAAGCAGCAACUUGCAAGUUUGGGUCCAAGUUACGUAACUCUAGGCUGAAAGUUAGCAGCUGAUUGUGAUAGAAUGAUGAAUUGUGCUAGAAUAUGAUAAAUGUGCCGUGAUGGUUAGGACAGUUUACAUUGGUAUGAAUAUACCAAUAUUUAUAUACAGGAGUUUUAAUGCAUUAUUAUGAGAAGGCUAAUUAUAUAUUGCAGAGAUUUAAUCGCCAAGAUAAGCUGCAUAUUUAUGGUAUGAAGUGGCUUAAGCGGAUGAAUAGUAUAAAAGUUGUUGGGCAUAACGUCACAGUACUCACCUGCUUGAAAUAGUCUUAAACUAUAUUAUAAAACCAACCAUUGUGGUCUUGUUCACCUCUGUGCAAGAUAAAUUCAGAUUUCACUGAUGUUUGGAGCUGUUCACAACUUGUCUGGAUUGUAUCUUGAGUGUUCUUGUGUCUUCAACCAUGUCAAAUAAAAUACAGUAAAACCAA